ACCUUAGUACAGUCGAAAACAAACGCGUUGUUCCAACGUAACCUUUAAAAACUACUAAAAACAUCCACAAAACAGCGCAUAAAAGUGAUAAAUAAUGGCUGGAGAGGUAAUUGUAGAUGCUCUGCCCUACAUAGAUCAAGGAUACGAUGAACCAGGCGUUCGUGAAGCUGCAUUUGCACUCGUGGAAGAAGAAUGUCGUCGUUACAGGCCAACAAAAAACUACCUAGACAUCUUACCACCUUUAAACGUAACAGCCUUUGAAACAUCAAUGAUGCACGCUGAAUUCGAACGCCUACAAAACCGCCUGCCCAUGGAAACAAUGUCUAUGAAACGCUACGAACUUCCGCCACCACCAGCCGGCAAACUCAACGAAGUCAGCGCGUGGUACGAAUGCGUCGAAAACUCACAUGCUCAACUAGAACAUCAAGCCGUUAGAAUAUUAAACCUCCAACUCAUGUUGGAAUAUUGUUGUCCAGCAUGGCAGAGAUAUUUAGAGAGUUUGCAAGACUGUGAAAGAAUUGCCUCGAAAAAACUAACAGCACUCAAACAAUCCCUACAAGAAGUAAACUGGCAGAGAAAAUCACUACAAACCAAAGGUGGUGAACAACUAAGAAACCUAGAAGCCAAAUGGGUAGCUCUUGUGUCACACAACUAUGAAAUAGAACAAGCAUGUUGCUUAGCAGAAGAAUAUCUUGCACAAUUGAAAGAAUAUGAAAGAAAUCAAUUACAAAACGCACCAGAGAAUCAACCAGAACCUCCAGAAGAAGCUGCACAAGUAGAAACAGAAGAAAUGAGCGUCCCACAGGAAGAUACACAAGAAAAUGUCGAAAAUAUGCAGGAAGACACUCAAGAAAUCAAUGAUAAACAAGUAGAAGAUGAUGAAGGAAGCAAUGAGAGUUCAGGAAGUGACCAGGGACAUCAACCAGAAGCCGAACAACACGAGUCGAAUGAAGAAGCAAACGAAAGUGAUUAGAAGUAAUUAUUUACUGUAUGUAUUUGUUGUAAAAAUGCAGUACUAAACACCGUCUCAGUCGCA